AGCAACAGCAGCACCAUCGGACGAGCCCCAAGCAACGACAACGUUCCCAAGCUGACGGCCGCCGAGAUCCAGCAGCUGACCAACGAGCCCAAGUCGCUGCCCAUCGCUUCAGUACCAGAUUCUCUGAGCAACAACGCCAUUGACGAGCGAGAGGCGAUCCGACAGGCGCUGAUGAAGCCCUCCGACUUGCAGCGCACAGACGAGGCAUUCCCCUAUGCCAAUGGCAUCGCGACGUUGCCCAGAGAAGCCCGCACGCCCAUGCGCCGCUCCGUGUCCGCGUCUCGAACGGUCUCGACACCGCCGACGAGCCGUGGCGGCCAAAUGCUGCCUCCCCCGUCUCCCCGGCGGCUGUCCUUUGCACCAACACGGCCGCAGGGGCUGAACCUCGACGGCGCAAACGGGACUGCCACACCAUCGCCGUCCAUCGUGACCGGCUCUCCGGCCUUUGCGACGCAGCAGCCCGUCCAGCCUCCCAGCUCCGGCGCUCGCCCUCCCUCUCCGAUUCCGCCCAUCAUCCCGCUUCCGCCCAUGUCGAUUCCCACCCAUCUCCAGCUGGAACUGGCACAGCAGCGUCCCAGCCCGCUCUAUAUCCACCAGUCCUAUACUAACGACAUUCCAUACGAGUCACACGCCGUCAAGUUCGAGCGUCUCAAGAAUGUCCUCUUGAUACCCCCCUUCCUGGAGCGCACGCUCUACUUCGGCGCUCUCGCAUGCCUGGACGCCUGGCUGUACACAUUCACCAUCCUCCCCAUCCGCUUCACCAUGGCCCUGACUGUGCUGGUGCGGUGGUGGAUCUACGUCAUCUUUAAGGAAGUCAAGUGGCUGGUUGGCUUUGUCUGGUACGGCCUCGGCAGAUUAUGGAAACGAGCGCGGGCAGUUCGUGGCCGCAGAAUGAGCGACGUCUCCGACAGCGGCCGAUCACGCAGCUGCAGCAGGGCCAGCGAAGCCUCUGUCGACGGCACAUCGCCUGGCGUCCGUCACCGGCCAAACGGCGUCCGGGCAGACUCUCGGGUUCGGGCCGGCGGCGAUGCCACUACGCCUAAGACGCCGUCACUUCCGGCCCGACGCCCUGGACCCAAGUCCGGCUCGUUCCGCCAUCGACGCACCAAGUCGAUGCCGUCCAACCUCUCGACGUUCCACAAGGCCGACCUACUACAGGGUGCCGUCAUCAUAUGCAGUUCGCUGGUGCUGAUGAAGCUGGACGCCAGCAGGAUGUACCACCUGAUUCGCGCACAGUCGGCCAUCAAACUGUACGUCGUGUACAACAUCCUUGAAGUCGGAGACAAGCUGCUCUCUGCACUGGGCCAGGACAUCCUCGAGUGUCUGUUCAGCUCUGAAACGCUAUCACGCAAUUCAUCCGGCCGAUCCAAGGUCCUGCUGCCCCUGGGCAUGUUUGUGCUCGCCUUGAUAUACUGCGUCCUUCAUUCCGUCGCUCUGUACUACCAGGUCAUCACCCUCAACGUGGCCGUCAAUUCAUACUCCAACGCCCUCCUUACCCUCCUCCUGUCUAACCAGUUUGUCGAGAUCAAAAGCACAGUCUUCAAGCGCUUUGAAAAGGACAGCCUGUUCCAGCUGACCUGCGCGGACAUUGUCGAGCGCUUCCACCUCUGGAUCAUGCUGCUCAUCAUCGGCAUGCGCAACAUCGUCGAGGUUGGCGGCCUAUCUGUGCCGGGCGCCGGUAUGAACGACGAUCCCACAAAGGCCGCGCCUAUGCACUCGCCCAGCAUCCUCCCGCACAGCUUCACCGUUCUGCCGUCCUGGGUCAUGUCGGGAGAGGUGCUGUCGCCAUUCCUCAUUGUCGUUGGGAGUGAGAUGCUCGUGGACACGAUCAAGCAUGCGUACGUGACCAAGUUCAACAACAUGAAGCCCAAGUUCUACAGCAGGAUCCUCGACAUUUUGUGCAAGGACUACUACACCAAUGCCUUUACAACUCCCGCCCUCACCAGAAGACUCGGGCUCGCCGUCAUCCCCUUAUCCUGCCUCUUCAUCCGCGCCUCCAUCCAGACAUACCACAUGCUCCUCUCCGCCCACGUCCCCAUGCCGCUCCCCAUAUCCACGCAGACCUCCCUCACGGAAGCCUCGGCGACGCCCUCGUCGCCCGCCAUGAUUGCCGCCCUCAACCGCUUCGACUCCCUCAUCCGCGACUCCCUUGGCCGCGCCACCUACGGCUACCCUUACGAUCACCCUCUUAAUUCCCGUCCAUGGUAUAAAUGGACUUCAGACGACGUCAUUGCAGCCGUGACCAUGGUCGUCGUAUUCUUCAUCAUCUUCCUCGUCCUCCUCAUCAUAAAACUCCUCCUAGGCAUGAUCCUGCUCAAGUACGCACGGAACCGCUACGCAAAGAUGAAGCAGAAGGAAGCCCUCGUUGCGGCAGGCAAGGCCGAGGUAGACAGCUACAAGGCCAACGGCGUGCGGGUCGGAGGCUUUGGUGAGGUGGAAGUCACAGAGGACAAGAGGCGGUGGAUCAAUGCCGAUCCGAGCGAGGGGCUGAAGAAGAGGAAGAAGGGGGAGGAGAAAGCGACUGACGAGGGGGAUUAUCAAGGGGUGUUUCGGUAUGAUAUGGUUGAGAAGAGGAUUUGGUAG